GUGGAUGGGGAGGAAAACUGAGAGCACUUUGUGAGGCCGCUGCGCUCCGGUUUCACAAGCUCUGUGUCAGUCAGGCGGAGCGGCGCGGCGCUUUUACGCGCAGCAUCAGAGACACUCGGGACACUCGGGACACUCGGGACACUCGGGACACUCGGGACACCGCGGAGACACUGUGGACACCAGAGUCCGGAACGCUGGGUUCAACCUGAAGAAAUGUGUCAAAGGAAAGCUGCCUUGUUGGGGGCGUGACGCGCACUUUCCUCCCCAGUGAGAUAUUUGACCUCGGGCUGCAGAGCCACCUGACGCGUCACAGCGGAGCUGCGCUUUGGCUGUUUGUCUUUAUUCAGGGACUCUCCGCGGACAUUAGUUCACUUUGUUUUCCUUUUUUAAAGACUCUGUAAAGAAUAUCGCGAGGGAUAUCCUCCUGUGUUAUUAUUUACUCAUUAGCCUCGCGAGCUGUUUGGAGACAAGACCGAACAGGUUGGAGGGAAGAAGAGGGGUGUCGCGCCUGAAAAACUUGCUUCAGUUCAUCAAGCGAUGGUUCGUGAGUCACAGGAGUGGCACAAGUAAACACUUUCUGCCCCCUGUCUAUGUGUGACGUUGUGUUACUGCUGAAAACACGUCCAGAUGAACUAAAUGACGCUUUUCUUUCAACAUGUUUSAUCCAAGUUCCUGUUCGGAACAAAGGAAGAAACUCCAGCUUUUUAMAAAGUCUCUAAACUGAGUUUGGAAACGAUCCAACAGUUUGUCUGAUCUGACUGAAGGACUGCAGCUCCACAUCCACUUUCCCUUUUCCUGCUCGGGCUGCUGAAAGUGAAAAAGUCCGGAGGAGGAAAAAAAACAGGUUUCUGGCUGCGCGCAGAGGAGGAGGCGCCUGCGCCGCUUCUCCAUGGCUCCUUCACGCUUCCUGCAGAGGACACAGCCUGCCCGGGACGUCCGCGCGCUCUGACAACAUGCUGGGAAACAUGACCGCCCGCGGCGGGGGGACAACCGCAGACACGAGCGGCAGCCCGCGUGGAGGAGGCGGCGGCUCUGCCGGCCUCUCCGGUGCGCACCGGGAGCCCACCGGGCCGGAGGGGCGCGGGGCAGCGGGUGGGACAAGAAUGAAGGUUCAGAGGAAGGAGAGACAGAUUACUUUGGUCGUAUCAGCAAAGGCCAAGGUGCUGCUGUGGGUCCUCGUCUCUGUGCUGCCUCUAGUGGACGGAGCUCAUAUGAGAGGCGGUGGUUCUACGGUGGGUGCCGGAUCGGUCUCGGGCCACACUGCGGGGCUGCCAGGAGACCAGGAGAAGGAGCUCCCUGUGACCCUGCCAGAGGUGGUGGAGGACAAGAAGCAGGAGAUGGACCCAUACUCCACGUGGCCUGCUCUGUAUGAGCCGUUUGUAAUGGAUGAGAUGGAUGACCAUCACAGUGUCCGCUGGGUGGGGCGCUCCCCACGCUCCUCUGACCCCACACAACCUCAACCUAAAGGAUCGCAGAAGAAAAAGAAGAAAAGGAAGAAGAAAGAGGAGGAAGAAGAGGAGGAAACGGCAAAUGGGGACAGAAGGGGGAAAGGUAAAAGCAGGCGCCCGAAGCAGAGCAGCAGAGACUGCCGUGUGGAGAAGAAAGAGAUGAGGGUCCGAGACCUGGGUCUGGGCUUUGAUUCAGACGAGACCGUCCUUUUUAAGUUCUGCGUGGGCUCCUGCCAGUCUUCCAGAACCAACUACGACCUGGCGCUUAAGGCGUUGCUAGAAAACGGCUCGCUGCCUCGCCGCACCGCCCGCAAGGUCAGCAGCCUGCCCUGCUGCCGGCCAGACCGGUACGAGCCGGUUUCCUUCAUGGACGCUCAGACCACAUGGAGGACCAUCAAGUCCCUGUCUGCUGCCAGCUGCAUGUGCAUGGGCUGAGAGGGCGCUGCCACACGCCGAGCACAGGAAGUGACACAGACCGUUUGUAGGGAGUGGCUGGACAACACAGGGCAAAGGUCAGAAUCAUCGAGUGAAGGGGGAGGAGCAUCAGGGAACGACAGCUGCCUCUGCAAAUAAUGGUUCUUCAUAAAAGAAAAACUUCUGGUGUGAAAACUGUUUUGUUUUGAUGUGGGAGAGACCCAACGACUGAAGCUCAGAGGUUCUAAAGAAGAAAAGAGUUAACGGAUUUGUUGAUGUUUGAACGCUAACAGAACAGAUAAAUAUGACAUCACUCCCACUGGUGACAUCAUCACUUCUUUCCAACCCCACCCCCCUCCACAAACAGGGACAUCAUGUUUGAUCUUUUCUACGUUCAGGUGAACUCAGCCAAAUGGAUGCCAUGCAUCUUCAUGUAUUACUGUGUAAAAGUAAAAUAUGUAUUUAUUUCAGAUAAAUUAUUUAUUUAUUAUGGCUUCAUAUGAGAGCUGAUUUUAUAAACUCUUUAAUGUAGAUAAAUAUAGAUCUAUUUAUUGCCAAGAUUCACAUUUCAUGUUCACAGAUGCUUCUGCUUUUUUACAAUCCUGUUUUAUUCACGUGAAUCUGAACCGGGCCAAAGAAAAGUUCUGAUUCUCCUCAACACAGAUCACAUGGACUCGGCUGACACGAUGGAGCGUUAGCAUUCUGUUUAAACUCUUACAGGUAAUCACGUUACUUUAAAGGGAUAUUUCAACCAUUGUGAAGAGGGGAAAUGUGAAAAUGACCAGUCUGAACCAGCAACAUGUAUCAGAACAGUAGAUCAAAUGUUCUUGCCUUCUCGUGUUGUUGACAUUUGAAGCCAGCAGGACCCAGUUUGUUGGGCCUGCCAUGUUGUAUGUUUGGAACCAGAGGCUCAGAGCCUACCUCUAUACACACUUUCAUGGUACAUAAACUUUAAUUUGAGCAUAAAAAACUAUCAUUAGAUGAAAACAACA